UUGAGUGACGAGAACAAAAAAGACGUUUUUUUUCCAGAAUUCUUUUUUUUUUUUUGCAGAAGCCACUCCCUUGGGUGGACUUGUGAGGUUAAAAGCAGCUGGGGUGUGACAGACAGGCAGGUAUUCAGGCCUGAACGACACCGAGGUGAUUACACGAUCAGAGCCAGUCACUGAACCACCUGUGCAGAAGAAGUUCCAACAUGAGUCGGUAUUCAACACAAAUUAAAAGCAGCAGUCCCAGCAUGGCGGUUGAGGAAAGCAAAAAGAAGACCAGCCUCCUUAAAGACAAUAGCUGGAUCAGAAAACUCGAUGAUGAAGAUGAAUCUGUCGAUCGGGACCCAAACUUUGGCAGAAGUGUGCUGGGAAGAUACAAGCCCAAUGAAACUUCUACCAGUUCAGCACAAGAGGACCCAAAAACCACCAAACCUGUGAAAACAUCAGCAUCUGUCCUGGCUCUCAGCAAAAAAUUCAGUUCUCCUCAAGAUCCCGAGACCAGCCCAACCCCUACCACCAAGUCUACAUCCCCCUACACCAAGAGAUAUUCAAGUGUGAAACCAGAAGCUCCAAGCAGCCCAUCUACGGUCAAAGCGGAGACAAAAACGAGCACUAAAACCUCUACAGUCACCAAAGAUGACGGUUCCACAAAGACAACCAGCACCACCACGAGCACCACCCAGAGCGUGAAAUCUCCUGAGACCAUAUCCUCCCCCAAGACUGAGACCUUCUCUGAGCGCGUCAAGUCUUCAAGCAAAGGGGCCCAGUACCCCCCCUACUCACCCACCAAACCAACAGUGACUGAGAAACCUGUCAGCAGCACCAAAGAAGCUGAGGACAAGCUGUUUGACUCUCUCACCCCCUCGUCUGUCAAGAGGGAUCCAUCAACCACAGACAGUAAAUCAACCACCACCACAACCAAAACUGUGACAGUAAGGAGCAGCACUGAUGUCAAGCCUGAAGAUCAUCUGUACGACACACUUCUGUCUAAGUCUAAAACAUCCGACUCAUCCUCACCUGUCAAAUCGAGUGUGACAAAGACAAGCGUGACCACAGUGGAGAGCAGCAAAGACAGCACAGAUGCUGAGAACAAACUCUAUGAUUCGCUCAUUCCCAAGGCUAUGAGAGGUGAUGUCACAGACAGCAAAACCACUGGGGAAAGCACAAAGACUAACACAGACUACAGCAUCCCUUACGGAAAUUCCACUAAAACCCCACUCACGUCAAAGACCUCAACCUCUUCCACGACUGAAGAUGACUUGUACAAAACCCUCCUGCCCAACUCCAUCACCUCUGGUUCCUCUUCUCCUGUCAGCAGAUCCAGCGUCACCAAGAAGGACAGCAGCAAUGGAUUAGACAGCCCAACUCUGACCUCACCUUUUUCACGCACCAACAGAAAUUCCACUAAAACCCCACUCACAUCAAGGACCUCAACCUCUUCCACGACUGAAGAUGACUUGUACAAAACCCUCCUGCCCAACUCCAUCACCUCUGGUUCCUCUUCUCCUGUCAGCAGAUCCAGCGUCACUAAGAAGGACAGCAGCAAUGGAUUAGACAGCCCAACUUUGACCUCACCUUCUUUUUCACGCACCAACAGCUACAGUAGUUCCUACUCAUACACCAAACCAGACUCCAGUUAUGAGUACACCAGCAUCACCAGCCCUUCUACAUACACCUCAACAUCCUACAAGAGGCCUGAUGAUAUCCCGACAGAUUCAAUGUCCUCAAAGUCUUCCAGGACGAGUGUGUAUGGAUCCUCUGAAAGGCCGGUGCUUGAGAAAGACCUGUGCACUUACUGCCGCAAGCCGUUCACCGGAGACGCUAAGAUGGUUCUGGAUGACAUGAAGAUCAACUGCCACGCUACCUGCUUUAAAUGUGAUGUAUGCAACUGCUCUCUGGCCCACAUGAAAGCAGGUGACAGCAUGUGGAUCUACAAACGCAGGGUUCACUGUGAGAACUGCUUUGAGAGCACCAGAGGGAAAUGGAGAUGCUGAGGAACCACAGAGACGAUGCACACCAUCUUAUCAGCAUGGGUGACAUGGGUUCUUAGACUCUUAUAGCAAGUUGACACUUCCUCAUAAGGAUUUUAUCUCAAAUUAUGGUUACAUUAUGGAUUUAUAAUAUGAUGCAUGUUACUCAAAUAAGUAUUCUGCUGUUGAACCUGUGGUGUUAAGGUAUACCUGUGUGUACUUCGAUACAGAAUAUGAGUUUCUCUAUGUACUAAUGGAAACUUGUUAAUGGGGACCUAACAUGAUAAUAAAAUAUGGUAAUGUUGAGGGCCGGGGGAUUUUUCAUUGUGCAAUGAAGGAAAUGUAAUUUCUUUGUUAAAAAUAAAAAAUAAAAACUCUCCAAAUUUCU